AUCCAAAAACAUACGGAACAAGACAAUCUAAAAGCCUAUUUAACAUUUCACCACAUUUAUCCUAUCAAACAUAUCCUUAAAAAUGGCAACUUUUCUCCAUCACAUUGCAAGGGAAACUGCAGACGUUCAGCGCCUUGCUAAAUUUUAUGAGGAGGUUUUGGGGUUUCACCGAAUUGAUACUCCCGAUUUCGGUCGAGAAGUUGUAUGGCUUUCUCUUCAGUCUGUUGUUGCACUGCAUAUCAUUCGAAGGGACCAAAAUGCAAAUCUUCCAGAAACUCCAUUCAAUACACAAGCUGAUACCAAGAAAUUAGACCCACAACAGAUUACAUCAGGGCAUCACUUAUCAUUCGCUGUUUCUGAUUAUGAUGCCUUUGUCAAGAAGCUAAAUGAAAGGGGGAUUUCAACUUUCGAGCAAAUCCGACAAGGAGGGGAAAUAAAACAAGUAUUUUUCUUUGAUGUUGAUGGAAAUGGCUUGGAAGUUGGUAACUGGCCUCCACCUGUUUGAAAAUCAAAUGUGUAAUUGUUAAAGCUAUAUACAGAUGGCACAGUGUUCAGUGCAUGCCAUUUAUGUUUGGUUAACUCAUAAUGUAUAGGUAAAUAGCAUCUUUUUAGUGAAAAUUUGAAAAAAAAAAUUAUGCUGGAUAAAAUUUGGUUGGAAGUACAAUUAUAUGUGGUGGGACUUCUUCACAGACUUUAUUUCGCUAUUAUUAAAUAAAAUAAUUACCUUUAUAGCA